UUGCGAGCGGCGGCGGCGGCGGAACCGGAAGCGGCUGCAUUUUGGAGCUCACCCCGUUGGUUCCGGGCGCCUCUCUUGUUGUAGCCUGUGCAGAUGGGUUUGUGGGUUUUGUGCUGGGGGAGCGGGCCAUGGGGGAAGCGGAGCAGAUUCACUACGUCUGCAGCUGUGACCUGGACGUCAACGUGCAGCUGAAGAUAGGGAGUUUGGAAGGGAAGAGAGAACAGAAGAACUACAGAGCUGUCCUAGAAGACCCAGUGCUAAAGUUUUCAGGGUUGUACCAAGAGACAUGCUCUGACCUCUAUGUUACAUGUCAGGUUUUUGCAGAAGGGAACCCUCUGGCGUUGCCAGUGAGAACAUCCUACAAGGUCUUUAGUACCAGGUGGAACUGGAAUGAAUGGCUAGAACUACCUGUGAAAUACCCUGACCUGCCCAGAAAUGCCCAGGUGGCCCUGACUGUAUGGCGUGUAUAUGGACCAGGAAGAUCAGUGCCGGUGGGAGGGACAACUGUCUCCCUGUUUGAUAGAUAUGGAGUGUUUCGCCAAGGAAUGCAUGACUUGACAGUCUGGCCGAACGUGGAGGCAGAUGGGGCUGAGCCCACGAGAACUCCUGGCCGGACAAGCAGUACUCUCUCGGAAGACCAGAUGAGCCGCCUUCCCGAGAUCACCAAGGCUCAUCGGCAAGUAGAUUGGCUGGACAGGCUGACAUUUCAAGAGACAGAGAUGAUCAAUGAAAUUGAAAAACGAAGUUCUAAUUUCAUGUCCUUGAUGAUUGAAUUUUGCUGUGUCAAGUGUGAUGACAAAGAAUACGGUAUUGUUUAUUAUGAAAAGGAGAAUUUGGUUGAGAGCAAACAGCACAAGCUUGUGCAGUGUUUAAGAAGUGGACCUUUUGACCAUGAUCUCAAGGCUGAUGCUGCUGCCAGAGACCAGCUGAAUGAUCCACUGACAUUCAAGGAUGUGGCCAUAGACUUUUCCCAAGAAGAGUGGGAAUGUGUGGACCCUGCUCAGAGGUCUUUGUACAAGGAUGUGAUGUUGGAGAACUACAGCAACCUGAUCUCUGUGGGUAUUCUUGUGUCUAAGCCUGACCUGGUCACCUGCCUGGAGCACAAUAAAGCACCCUGGAAUGUGGUAAGAAAGAAGACAGAAAACAAGCAGCCAGCUGGAGAAAAACCUUUCAAAUGCAAGGAAUGUUACAAAUCCUUUUCUCAGAACUCAAAUCUUAGAACACAUCAGAAAAUCCAUACUGGAGAGAAACUUUUCAAAUGUAAGGAAUGUGACAAAUCCUUUACCCAUUGUUCAACUCUUAAAAAUCAUCAGAUGAUUCACACUGGAGAAAAACCACACAGAUGUCAAGAAUGUGGCAAAUGCUUUAUCCAGUUGUCACAACUUAUAAACCAUCAGAAAAUUCAUACUGGAGAGAAACCUUUCAAAUGUAAGGAAUGUAAUAAAUCCUUUAGUGAUUGCUCAACUUUCAGAAAGCAUCAGAUAAUUCACACUGGAGAGAAAUCUUUCAAAUGCAAGGAAUGUGAUAAAUCCUUUACUCUGAACUCAACUCUUAGAACACAUCAGACAAUUCAUACUGGAGAGAAACCUUUCAAAUGUAAGGAAUGUGACAAAUCCUUUUCUCAAAAAUCAAAUCUUAGAACACAUCAGAGAAUACAUGAUGGAGAGAGACCUUUCAAAUGCAAAGAAUGUGAAAAAUCUUUUACUCAGUCUUCAACACUUAGAACACAUCAGACAAUUCAUACUGGAGAGAAACCUUUCAAAUGCAAGGAAUGUGACAAAUCCUUUUCUCAAAACUCCAAUCUUAGAACUCAUGAGAAAAUCCACACUGGAGAGAAACCUUUCAAAUGCAAGGAAUGUGACAAAUCCUUUUCUAGGUAUUCAAGUCUUAGAACACAUGAGAAAAUCCAUACUGGAGAGAAACCUUUCAAAUGUAAGAAAUGUGAAAAAUGCUUUUCUCAGUACUCAAGUCAUAAAAAACAUCAGAUAGUUCACACUAGAAACCAUAAAGAUGUAAAGAGUGUGGCAAGUUCUUUAUCCAGUUGUUAUGUCCUAAAACCCAUCAGAAAAUCUGUACUUGAGAGAAAGCUUCCAAAUGCCAGGAAUGUGACAAAUCCUUUACUGAUGGCUCAACUUUCAGAAGACAUCAGAUAAUGUGCACUAGGGAAACCCUUCAGAUGCAAGGAAUGUAAAAAGUCCUUUACCCUGCAUUCACAUCUUAGAAGACAUCAGAUAAUUCAUACUAGAGAGAGGUCCUACAGAUGUAAAUAAUGUGGAAAAUCUUUUAUCAUUAGUGAUGGAAUUUAUAAUGAAGAAAAAUCCAACAAAAUGCCUUAUUAAAUCUCAUAGGCACUCAAUUUUAGUUUAUACUACAGAAAAGUGUUUUAGAAAUAAAUAUGAAAAUUCUUCUCAUGGAGAUAGCAGAUGUCUAUUUAGAGAUAGUUUAUGUAAGUACCCAGCAAUGUCAUCAGUAGAAUUUUAGUUAAUGUAUCUUUAUGUAUGCAAAAAGGUGGACAAGCACUUAAUCAACUUCAAGUCUAAGUAACAACAGGAAAUUUAUACUAGAAUGAAAUAAACUAAACAUUACACACAUUACCCUAAGCCAGAGUACUAAAAGAACACAAUCAAAACUGACAUUUUAAUCAUUUGUAUAUUUUGGGAAAACACUAUCAAUAUAUGGGUAGACAUAAAUAUGUCCUUUUGAUACAGUUUGGGUUAAUGGUGUUGGACGAUUUUCAGGUGCAAACCCUGUAGACUAAUGAAUUCCAUAACUUCUAUUUAAGGAAAAUAGAUUUCUUUAAGCUUUCACUUGAAUGUUGUCAUCUAUACUGUAUAUUAAAGUCAUUUUAAAUGUGCAUAUAUUUUCCUAAAUAAACAUAUAUUUUACGUCUAUUUUUCAUUAAGAUUUAUUUUGUUUAGACCUUGCCCAAUUACAGUUUCUCUCCCCUUCCGCUGACGGCCCUACUCAGUGUAAUAAUUAUUAGAUACACCAGGGUCCUGAAGGGGUCACUCAGGCUCUGUGAGAGAGCAUGCAUGUCUCAGAGUAGUCCUCUCCACUGUGUGCCUGUUGCAGUAUUUUUGCCCCCUCUUCUGCAAUGUUCCCUGAGCCCUAGAAUGCAUCUUAGAAGUCAAUUUAAUGUUGAAUUCUCUGUAGCUUCUGGCUUUCUGUUUCUGUGAUAUUUGAGUGACCACAGCAUCAAUAAACAACUGCCACGGACUGCA